CGCCAACCAGAGUGAUCAGAAAAACGAGACACGAAACCAACUCGCGCGCGCGGUAGGAUAAUCUGCUUCCGGCAGGUGUCUUGCGGGUGGUGUGCGAUUCGAAAAGCUGGGGGUGUUUCGGAGUGAAAAUAAAAGUGAAAUUAAUUGGCUGAACUUUGAACGCCAGUCAAGACGCUGAACCGGUUCUGCCGGUUGGGAGCGGGUCGCGAUAUUCCUCGGAUGUUUUCGGCAGCUAAUUUUCCAGCUCAUUCGCUUUGCAGAGGAAGGGCCAUUAGCAGAUUUGCAAAUUGAGUUGAAGAUAGUUUGGUUUUGUUUGUGUUGGAGAGUGUGAAUGUUGAAUUUUACUAUCGUCGGAUAGCUGAACCAGUGUUUAGCGGAACUGUUUCCUUCCAUUCGACGAGUGCAUAUCGUUCCGGUCGUGCGUGAAGAAACUGGCGAUUGGUUUUUCCCGCCGAAGAGUGUCGCUGCAAAAGUGAAGCAAUAAACGGUUUGUGCAAGAAUGUAGCGACCAAUUUGUACCGAAGGAGUUGUUUAAAGGAAAUUACUCUACGUUCAUACCGAGCUUUUUCACAAUUAUCCUGACGGUGCACAGUCCAUAUCCGGCGCUGAAGCACUGAAUCCGUUACUACAGUUGCAACGACUGAUGCUGCUGCUGCUACCGCUACUACACAUGAGCACAUCCAUGCUGCUGGUGAUAUGAAUUCCCAAGCAAUAAUCAUGCCAUUACGCGAUCAUCGACAGCAUGAGGACAAAAUCGCCACCAAGGGAAGAUUAUUCGACGCUGGCGUACGGUCGAGAAUAGACAGUAGUGUUCGAAUGUCGUCGGUGCGUCGGUGUUCUAGUGGCGGCGACGGUGAUAAUCGUUGAAAUUUCGGAAAACGGACACCAUCUAGUGAAGAAGUUCGGCUUUGAUUGCCAACCGUGUUUGAAGAAGAUAUUUCGUAAGACAACACAACGAACGCCCCAACGCACGGGGGUACGAAGAAAACCAACGUCCAUGGAAGGCUUCGGGAGGAAGAUGAUUGUGUAUGGUGUGCUUCUGUUCAGUAUUAUCUGGUGUAUUAGUGAGUGCAACGAUAUCAUUAUUUCUAAUGGCAACAAGGAAACAUCGCCCCCGGAGAAGAACACCGUGAUGGCCGUUUUCAGCCCGAUGACCAAAUCGCCCGGUCCGUGCCGAUUCCUGUCGGGAACACGCCGACAAAAUCACCAGUGUCGUCGCGACACAGGGCUGCCGGAUGCCAUCAAAGAGGCACGCCGUCUUGCCGUCACACACUGCGAGGAGCAGUUUCGCUAUGACCGUUGGAACUGCUCGAUCGAAACACGGGGAAAGCGGAACAUAUUCAAGAAGGUGUACCGCGAAACGGCCUUCGUGCACGCGCUAACUGCCGCAGCCAUCACCUACUCGGUUGCCCGUUCCUGCGCCGAAGGCAAGAUGGCCAAGUGUCAGUGUGCGUCGGAGAAACGGCCGGAAGCGACCCGGCUGGCCUGGAAGUGGGGCGGUUGCAGUGACAACAUAAAGCACGGCAAACGAGUCACGAGAAACUUUCUGGAGCUUCAGCCGGCCGAUGGCGACCCGGUGGCGGAGAUGCUGCGACAUGAUAGCGAGGUGGGGAUACAAGCCGUGACGACGACCAUGAAUGAUCGCUGCAAGUGUCACGGCGUUUCCGGUUCGUGUUCACUGAAAACGUGCUGGAGAAAGUUGGGCGAUUUCAAUGCCACCGCCGCCAUGCUAAGAACCAAAUAUCAUCAUGCCAUUCGGAAGUAUCCGAUCAACAACAAGACGUCAAGAAGGGCGAUCCCGAAGGAGUUCAGAGAAAGGGACGGCACCUACGACCAGCUGUUCUACUUCGAGACGUCGCCCACGUUCUGCUCGGUGACACGAGGUCGACGAUGUCUACAUCCGGACAAUUGUGCCACCCUGUGCUGUGGCCGAGGCUAUACCACAAAAGUGGUCAAAACAAUCGAGAAGUGUCGCUGUCGGUUCACGAACGGCCGCUGCUGCCAGAUAGUGUGUGAUUACUGCGAGAAGUACGAAGAUAGAUAUUACUGUAAAUAAAAAAAAACGUCGAGACUCAGCAUCGAGAAAAGUAUACAACUCUUUGACUUACUCCAUACUAGUUAUAAGGAAGCUAUUUAUUACAACUAUACUGUAAGACAUAUAAAAUGACUUAAAGUAGAAAGGUAGAAACUAUUCGAUGUGCUUUGAUUUUUUGCUGGAGCCAAACAUGCAUGACAAAGUUUUACGUAUUACGUUGCAUCUACGGUAAAAUUAUAUCACUCACAAAAAAACGUUUUCAUAAAAGUUUAUCUCUUCGUCUUAGGAGUUAUGCAAUAAAACAAGUACCUAGAUCUAGACUAUAGAAAAGCGAAGUAGAAUGCGAAACAUGCUUUCCUUAGAAUUAAGAAAAAAAUCAAUAUUCGGCAAAUUAAACCUUAUAUGCUCGUUGAAUGUAAUGCAAACUAGUUGUCUCACUCUUUGAAGCCAAUAAAAUUCCAUGUCUGUAGAUAGAAGCUACUUUUCUGCUGUUUGUUUUCAAUGUAUAUUGAAAGUCAUAGAAUAUCAAUCCCUACUAGUGAAUAUCUUUCAGUAAGCAAAUUUCAGACAUGUUUAUUGGGUUUAAUGUUAAAAACAUUUAGGCUUACUUUUUAAAUUAAUAGGACAGAUCGGUGAAGUACUAG